UUAUUCCAUUCAUUCUUCUCCAUUUGGCUUCGAGGAAUAAAAUAAACAAAGAAACAAAACAUAUAUAUUUGGCCGAAGCGAAUUAGGGAAAGUAGCAGUUUUCUCUUCUUCAAUUCAACGACAACGGAGUUCUUGUUGACAAUUAGAGGUCGUCACUGAAACCCCCCCUUUUUAUAGGGGAUUCUUGAAGUUCAACUAUGAUUUACACGGCAUUAGACACAUUCUAUCUAACAGAGGAGCAGCUUAUAAACUCCCCUUCUAGGAAAGAUGGUAUCGAUGAUGUUACUGAAACAACACUUAGAAUCUAUGGCUGUGAUCUUAUCCAAGAAAGUGGGAUUUUGCUCAGAUUACCCCAAGCUGUAAUGGCCACAGGUCAAGUACUUUUUCAUCGCUUUUACUGCAAGAAAUCAUUUGCUCGUUUUAAUGUGAAGAGGGUUGCUGCUAGUUGUGUUUGGCUUGCAUCAAAACUCGAAGAAAGUCCUCGAAAAGCAAGGCAGGUGCUUAAUGUUUUCCACAGAAUGGAGUGUAGGAGAGAGAACUUACCUUUAGAACAUCUGGAUACAUCUUCAAAGAAAUACGUUGAUUUGAAAGCAGACCUAAUCAGAACAGAGAGACAUCUUCUAAAAGAGAUGGGUUUCAUCUGCCAUGUCGAGCAUCCUCAUAAAUUUAUAUCAAAUUACCUUGCAACUCUUGAAGCACCUGCAAAAUUGAGACAAGAAGCUUGGAAUCUUGCAAAUGACAGCUUGCGCACAACACUCUGUGUAAGAUUCAAGAGCGAGGUUGUUGCCUGUGGAGUUGUAUAUGCUGCAGCCCGUAGAUUUCAGGUGCCGCUCCCAGAGAAUCCUCCUUGGUGGAAAGCAUUUGAUGCAGACAAGGCUGGCAUAGAUGAAGUUUGCAGAGUUCUCGCUCAUCUUUACAGUCUUCCAAAGGCACAAUAUAUUCCUGUAUGCAAGGAAGGAGGCUCCUUUGCUACGUCAAACAGAUCGCGGGAGCUUCCUGUAUCUAAGGAAGGUUUGUUGGAUGGUCAACCGGUGAAUGAAGAUAAUGGUACACCAGGAAACCAGGAAGCGGCUAAGGAGGGAGUAAUGAAAGCUUCCCUUGAUAAGUUGAAGGACUCAAAGAAGAGCGAUGAUGACUCCAAAAGCAGCAUGCCUUCAGAAGGGGAGUCUAAAGAAGAGCCAGGAAAAACUGAUCAUAGAACAGAUGCUGGUGGAGAAAAGAACAAGGAGAGAGAGAGGGAAAGGGGCAGAGACAGGGAGAGAGAGAGGGAUAAGGAAAGAUUAAAGUCUCGUGAACGUGAUAGGGGAAAGGAAUCUGACAGGGAAAGGGAGCGAGAAGACUUUGAAAGGGACAGGGAUAAAUCCAAGGAAAGGAGUCAUCGUUCAAGAGACAAAGGUCACUCGGAGAAACCAAAACAUCAUUCUUCUCGAGAUCGUGACUACCAGUCUUAUUCAUCACGGGAGAAGGAUCGUCGUAGACACCAUUAGCUUGGAACAUCCUAGCAAAAUGUACUCGAUCAUUUGAAGUUGCCAUGCCAAAUAGGUUUUUGGUCUCUAUGGAGUGUGGCUGCAGUCCUUUGCAUAUAGCUGAGAGCGCCUCCUGGUGAAACUGUACCACCCUUGAUGUAUUAAUGAGGGUCUCUUGUAAUCGAGUCAUUGGUUUUAACUAUUCUCUGAACAAUCGACAUACCCUUAUCGUCAUCUGUGUUCACUCUGCUCUAACAUUUACUCUUUUAACAUUCAGUUGACUGUUCAGCUUUUCGAGAAGGGGAAAAAAGUAGAGAAAGAGAGUAAACAAUUGACGUGAAAUAUCA